GGUAGCCGCGGGUUCCUCUGUUCCGGGCGGCUGCCUACAUAAGCGCAGGCGCAGGCGCAGGCGCAGCUCCCCCUCCCCAACCCUCAUCUCCCUCCCAAUAACCCCGCCCUCCUCCGCGCUCCGUGCCCAAUCCCCGCUUCCCACCGGCGACGAAACCCUCGCCUCCCCUCCCCUCCCGCGCUCCCCGCCCUCCUGUGCUUCCGAAGGCGCCGAGACCGGCGCACAACUCGCAGCGCGGCCGAGACCGCGCGAGCCCGGCGCCGACCACAACCGCGGCGAGGAGCCGGGCGUCGCGCCGAGGAACGAGCGGCGGGCGGGCGAGCGUCGCGCCGACGAGCAAAGAAGAAGAGGCCGGGCGCACGGCAGAUGGCCAAAGACUUGCUCUGGGAGUUGGCGCUGAUGGCGUGGCCUCUCCUCAAGGUGGAGGCCGCCGAGCUCGCCAAAAGCGUGCUCCGCGAGCUGGCGCGCGAGGAGGCCAAGAUGCGGCUCAAGGCCGCCGUCAAGGUUGGGGCGGAGGGCCUCAAGGGGCUUUUCGAGGCGCCUCCAUCCACUCCGACUCCGGCGCCGGCGGCAGAGGUGGCAGACCCGCGUCAGGGGGAGCUGCUGGUCGAUGGAGCGGCUGUCUGCAUCGACCACGCCCCGCUGCUGCUGCGUCGUCCACAGCUUCGCCAUUCCCCCCCUCUUCGUCGACGACGUCCUCCUCGCCAGGGUGGCGCCAAGCCUCCUCGGUCGGCUCGGCCCCGACAUGGAGCGGGUGCCACAAGUCGAUGGAGUGCUUCUUCCAUGACAGCCGCGACAGCGGGUGCGACUGCCCAGGCGCUCCCCAGCCUACUAGACUUCGUCGUAUGCGCGUCGGCGCUGGGGGUCAUCGCCCUCGCCCUCUACCUGAUCUGGAGGGGGCCCGGCGGCGGCGGCGACUGAGCGCGGGCCGGCGCAAAUCCUCACAGUCAGAAGUUAAUUGAAUCAAACUGCAUAGUCCGUUGAAUUUUGUACUGAUUUUUUGAAACUGGUUCAGAGUAUAGAAAUUCAGAGCACUUAUAAAUCUGAAAUCUCGAUUGCAAAACCUCGACUGUUAUCCUCUGGAAUAUCGAGUGCAAAAUCUUUUUCAAUCGCACUGUUUGAUAAUUAGCUCUUUUUACUUGUCAACACAGGUAUCUAAAGAGUAAAUACUACUACUAAGCUAUUCAUGUUAGUCUGAAGAUUUAAACACGAAAGUUGUGAAUUGUGAUAAAGGAUGUCGGAUGUACUAUGCCAUCCACUA